AUGAGCGGAAGAGGCAAAACAGGUGGUAAAGCCAAAGCCAAAGCGAAGACUCGCUCCUCCCAUGCUGGAUUGCAGUUUCCACUCAGCCGUGUCCACCAUAUGCAGGGGGGCAGCUGUGUGGGGCAUGUGGGUGCCGGAGCCCCCGUUUACCUGGCGGCUGUGCUCAAAUAUCUGGCCGCUGAGAUCCUUGAGCUGGCCAGCAGCGCUUCUCAGGACAGUGGGAAGACUCGAAUCAUUCCCCGUCACCUGCAGCUGGCUGUCCGCAAUGACGAGGAGCUCAUGAGCGGCGUUGACACGAGUUUUCUAUUGACAGUAGCCCCACUUUACGCUCCUUUCACAGCCUUAUAA